AUGCAGAAUAAAGAAAGCACUGAAUAUGAUCACUUAUUUAAAUUGUUACUUAUUGGUACUAGUGGAGUUGGAAAAUCCUGUAUGUUGAUGAGAUAUGUCGAUAAUAAUUUUACAAAUAAUUUUUAUAACACAAUUGGAGUGGAUUUUAAAAUCAAAUCGAUAUUCUUAGAGAAUAAAAAUAUAAAGUUGUAGAUUUGGGAUACAGCAGGUCAAGACAGAUUCAGAACAAUCACAUGUAGCUAUUAUCGUGGAGCACAUGGGAUUAUCAUUGUUUAUGAUAUAACUGACAGAGAAUCAUUCGACUCUGUAAAAAUGUGGAUGUCCGAAAUUGAUAAGUAUGCUCAAGAAGAUGUGAUAAGAAUGUUGGUAGGAAACAAAUGCGAUAUGGAUGAUAAGAGGGCUGUAUCAUACGAAGAAGGGGAAGCAUUAGCGAAACAACUAAAAUUGCAAUUUAUAGAAACAUCAGCAAAAUUAUCAACCAAUAUUGAAUAAUCAUUUUUGACAAUUGCAAAAAAUGUCCUAGAAAAAAGCUAAAAUUCUAUAAAAGCUGAAUCCGGCUAAAAUAUGAAAAUAGGCUAAAUUACAUCGACUUAGGUAAUUGGGAAUACAAAUAAAAAAAGUUCACAAUGUUGUUGA